CAUGGUUCCGGAGGCUGCCAGGAGGACGCACACGAAGGCGCCGGCCGAGGGCUCGGAGCAGCCGUGAGGAGCCGCCGGGCCCGGCGGUACCGGGGCCCGAUGGCCGGAGCUGGGCUGCUGCCCUCGCUGCCCACGCUGACUGUGCUCGUUCCCCUGCUGUCCCUGGCAGGCCUGUUCUACUCGGCCAGCGUGGACGAAAACUUCCCCCAGGGCUGCACCAGCACAGCCAGCCUGUGUUUCUACAGCCUCCUCCUUCCCGUUACAGUACCGGUUUAUGUGUUCUUUCACCUGUGGACCUGGAUGGGGAUUAAGCUUUUUAGGCACAACUAGUGUGGUGCCUUUGCUAACCCCUGGGCUUCUCUAAAUCAACGUAGUUUUGUUUAAUCUCAUCGAGUAUUGCAGUUCAUUUGAGAGAGUUUCCUUCUGGCACUAGUGACUGGCAUCAUUUUCCUGGUAGGAUCUGGAACUGUAUGAAGCAGCAGCCCAUUGUUAACUACUGUUAAUGCAGAUGAAGAGUAGGAGUAACAAGAAGCACUAAUUUCCUCUGUUUUAUCCUUUCAAGAGUGCUGUGCAUUUGUAGUGGCACUAAUUAGAACCUUAGUUUUCAUGAGGAAGUACCCUGACUGAAUAAACUAAAUUAAAAUUAAAACAUGCAAUGAUAUGAAUCUCUCUUUGAGAACUUUGGGGGUUUUUAACCAGAUGUGCAUCUGAAAUAUGUUUGUCUCACUGUCAGAAGAGCAAAAAUUAAAAUAAAUCAGGCUGGUGUUUAAUAACAAAACUU